AUGUCCGAGAACUGGGGAUCCAGCACCACCGAGAAAUGCUGCAAGUGCAAGUCCGGCAGCGUUGGCUGGUCAGCCAGCGGCCGUUGCUCGUUUUGCCAUGGGUCCGUCUCCAACACAGCCAGCGUCGCUCCCGAGUGCACCAAGAAGAGUCCAAAGUUCAUGGGCAACAGCAUGUGCGCCAAAGCAUGCCGCAGCAAGGUGGAAAGCAGCAGUUGGUCUUGGAUGCAGGAGCAGUCAGAAGAAGAGGAGGAGGCAGUGGCCGAAGAGGGCGACGAGGAGGUGGUGAAGAUGUCCGAGAACUGGGGAUCUAGCACCACCGAGAAAUGCUGCAAGUGCAAGUCCGGCAGCAUUGGCUGGUCGUCCAGUGGCCGUUGCUCCUUUUGCCAUGGAUCCGUCUCCAAGACGGCCAGCGUGGCUGCCGAGUGCACCAAGAAGAGUCCAAAGUUCAUGGGCAACAGCAUGUGCGCCAAGGCAUGCCGUAACCAGGUGGAGAGCAGUUGGUCUUGGCUUCAGCAGCUGUUAGCAGAAGAGGAGGAGGCAGUGGCCGAAGAGAGCGACAAGGAGGUUGUGAAGAUGUCCGAGAACUGGGGAUCCAGCACCACCGAGAAAUGCUGCAAGUGCAAGUCCGGCAGCGUUGGCUGGUCGUCCAGUGGCCGUUGCUCCUUUUGCCACGGGUCCGUCUCCAAGACGUCCAGCGUUGCUGCCGAGUGCACAAAGAAGAGUCCAAAGUUCAUGGGCAACAGCAUGUGCGCCAAGGCAUGCCGCAGCAAGGUGGACAGCAGCAGUUGGUCUUGGAUGCAGGAGCAGUCAGAAGAUCGGAGAGGCGCUUCCCUUCAUCAAGCUGAUUCAGUCGGCCGCAUAUCGCCGCAUGAGGCUUGA